AUGGGUGAUCACGCUUCCACUACCAGCCCUAACAAGUCCGCCAUCGCGGACAAGGGCAAAGGCAAGGCCCAGGACCCCACCCAGGACCAGAACAUGGAGUCCGAGAGCGAGUCCGAAUCUGAACCCGAGCUGCCCAUCUCCAGCCCGAAAACGGUACGAACGCCGCCCCGCGAUCUUGUUCGCCGCCACACACACUCCGAGGCCAAUGGCUUCUAUUCACAUACCCUCAGUCGAAUUGACUCUAUACUAACGUUCUUCCCAAAUCCAGAUGAGGAUGAUGACGAUACUGGUGACCUCGAGCCGAUCUCCCAAGAGAACAUCAUCUCCGGUGGCCGUCGCACGCGUGGCAAGCAGAUCAAUUGGGACAAGGUCAACGCAGACGCCAUGGAUGACGAGGAGGACGACGAUGAGGACUACAAAGGCGCCGGUGAUGAUAACGACGACCAGAUGCGCGACUAA